GUGGGAACUGGGAACAGUAACAAUAUCAAUCUCCACAUCAGUUGCAGUUGCAGUUGCAGUUGGAGAAGAUGAAUGGUUGUGUGUGGCUCAAGCUUACACCACCCUCCACCACUGUAACACAAUCAAGACCUCAACUUUUUCACAUUCCCAGCAAUCCCAGAUUACUUUGCUCCAAUUGGGUUCACCACACUGUUCUUGGUGCUCUCUCUGGUGCCCUCUCCUUUGGCUUCCUCUUCUCCUUGCCUUCUGCCUUUGCUCUUCAACCCCCUUCUCUUCCAACUCUUUAUUCUGAAACAUGUCGUGAUGUUCAGCCACAACAAGACAUGCUUCAAACGGGUCCCGAGGUUGUCACCAAUGAAGGACUUGUUGAGGAAGCUUGGCAGAUUGUCAAUGAUACCUUUCUUGACACUGGUCGCCACCGUUGGUCUCAGGAUACUUGGCAGCUGAAGAGGGAAGAUAUUUUGAGCAAUUCCAUUCAGACAAGAUCAAAGGCACACCACAUCAUCAAGCGAAUGCUGGCCAGUUUGAGUGAUCCUUAUACACGGUUUCUUUCCCCUGAGGAGUUCUCCAAGAUGGCGAGGUAUGAUAUGACUGGUAUUGGAAUAAACCUUAGGGAAGUUCCCGAUGAAAAUGGAGACAUCAGAAUGAAGGUACUGGGAAUCAUAUUGGAUAGUCCUGCUCAUUCUGCUGGUGUGAGACAGGGUGAUGAAGUAUUGACUGUCAAUAACAUGGAGGUAAAGGGAAAAUCAGCAUUUGAAGUAUCAUCCAUGUUACAAGGCCCUAAUGGAACAUCUGUGACUAUUCAGGUCAAGCAUGGCAACUGUGGACCUGCUGAAUCAAUAGAAGUCCAGCGGCAACUUGUUGCACGUACACCAGUUUUUUAUCGGCUGGAACAAACAGACAGUGGUGCUACUCGUGUUGGGUACAUACGCCUCAAAGAAUUCAAUGCAUUAGCCAGAAAAGAUUUAGUCGUUGCAAUGAAGCGACUUCAAGACAUGGGUGCCUCCUCUUUCGUAUUGGAUCUUAGAGACAAUCUUGGUGGGCUAGUACAGGCUGGAAUUGAAAUUGCAAAGCUUUUCCUAAGUGAAGGAGACACGAUCAUCUACACCGUUGGGAGAGAUCCCCUGUUCCAGACAGCUAUUGUUACUGAUACUUCCCCAUUGGUUCAAGCUCCUGUUGUUGUUUUAGUAAAUGACAAAACUGCUAGUGCAAGUGAAAUAGUUGCUUCUGCACUUCAUGAUAAUUGUAGAGCUGUUCUUGUUGGAAAACGCACAUUUGGCAAGGGUUUAAUCCAAUCUGUAUUUGAGCUGCACGACGGAUCCGGUGUGGUUAUUACUGUCGGGAAGUAUGUAACCCCAAAUCACAAGGACAUAAACGGCAACGGAAUAGAGCCCGACUUCCAGAAACUUCCAGCUUGGGAUGAUGUUAGCCAACACCUUUCAAAAUGCAGUAUGCUUCGGCAAGGAUAAAAUAGUUUCUAUGGUAUUCCAAUGCAAUCUUUUGCUUCGGGUUUAUCAAUUAAUCUGGAACUCUUGAAGAAUCUGCAUGCUUGAAGCUGCCUUGUAUAUCUAAAAAUUUCAGGUUCAUAAUAGAUAUAUGCCUGAACUGUCUGCCUAGCCUUCUUGACUACAAUGAUACUUAACAUCCAAUAUUGGUUGGUAACUGCAUAAGGGAUUGGCUUUGGAGCAUUUGUAACUGUUCCAUCCUAGAUGAACUGAAUAGUGGUUAUGAGGUGAGAAGGAAUGUGCCCAGGAAGCAUGAAUCCAAGAAGCCAGUUCAGAACCGAAGCAACUUGGGUUUAAUACUUUGCUAACAUAGGAAACUUUGUUAUUCAUUUUUAUAAACCUUUUGACACUAUGUUCCUGUUUCUUCUUUUCCUUGCAAGUUUUCCAUUUGUUUUUAUAUAUUAAGGUGUAUCACACCUAUUAGUUUAUUGUCUGAAUUGCAUGGGAAAGUGCUACUUUACUUUAUUGGUAAAGAAUUCGUUACCAUAUUG